AUGGAUGAAAACUUUACAUCCUUAAUAAAUUCAAAAACAUCGGGUCUUUUAUUAAAUACCGUAAACCCGUUAUUAAUUGAAUACUUGAAAAAUGUUGAUCACUUUGAUGACGACUAUCAACUGAAAAAUACCAUAAAAUACUUUAUAUUAAUGACAUUAUAUAUAUUGAUAUUUUUGACUUCAAUUAUCGGAAAUUUAUUAGUUGUAAAAGUGAUUAUUAGUGGACACACCACUUGUUCGCUGACAAACACAUUGAUAGCUAAUCUGGCAAUUAGUGACCUAUUGAUGACUGCGGUAAAUAUACCUACAAAUAUCAUACGAUUUGUUUUGGACAACUGGCCAUUUGGUCAGUUUAUGUGUGUUUUAGUACCGUUAGUUCAGUCAACUUCAGUGCAUUGUUCGUCCAUUACAAUGAUGUUUAUAGCCAUCGAGAGGUAUCGUAUAUUAGUUUGCAAUUUACAUCCAACACAUCGCACCUAUAUAUGCGGUCAAACCGUAUCAAUGUCUGUCAUAUUGGCAAUCAUAUGGUUUGCUUCGGUAAUCAUAUCGAUACCGCACGGCUUUUACAAUAGACUAGUCAGUGACCAUCUAUUGACCCGAUGUCGAGUAGUAUAUCCAGAACCGGCUUUAGUGUACCGACAAAGAUGGACAGUAUUGUCAUUUUUGAGCCAAUAUCUCAUACCUAUACUAUUUACGAGUUUGUGUUACGUGAGAAUCAGUUUGUUUUUAUGGCGUCGAAAGACAAUUGGUGUCAUCAGUGAGAUUCAUAAGACACAGAUGGUUAGGAUUAAGAGACGACGGAUCAAAAUGUUGGUUCUGGUGGUCACGGCUUUUGCCAUUUGUUGGUUUCCGUUAAACGUCUACCACUUGUUGACCGACUUUGAUAUUAUUGACUACUCGUUGACUAUAUUUUUUAUUGUCCACUGUUUUGCAAUGUCUAGCGUUUGUUACAAUCCAUUCAUAUACUGUUGGCUUAACAAACGAUUCAAAGAAAAAGUAAAAAAAUUAUUGUUUUGUGUAUCAACUCAUACAAGAGUUAGCGGUGACGGCCAACAAAACGUUGUGUCCCUACCUAUGAACACAUACUUCGAUGUCGUCGACUGUGUUGUUGCCGCCGAUGAGGAACUACAGUCAGAUGUCGGUGCUGUUAAUGAAUCUGAAUUUAACAAUUGUCGCGAUAAUUAA